CCCUUUAUCCUCUCCAUCCACACGGACUCUCACGGCUUAACUAAAGAUGCUCAGCGGUUCGGGUCGCUGGUCGCAUGUUACCGGGUGAAACGGAGUUAUUUGGAAGAGCGCAAAACAUAGGAGACGUCUACAUUUCACUGAACUUGCUUCUCGGGUUCGGGCGCGCGGGCACACAUGGAACUGAAGAAAUCUAUCUCGGACACCGAGCGCGCGCUCAGGAGCUACGGCGCCGUAUCAGAAACGGCAUGGACAACGGACAAAGGUCACUCAGAUGUGUCCAUGGCAGAGAGCACUAUGUCUCCAGAGGAGAUCGAGGUGGAGAUGGCUCGUAUCCAGCGCCUCCGUGAAGUCCUGGUACGCAGAGAGUCUGAGCUGCGCUUCAUGAUGGAUGACAUUCAGCUCUGCAAAGACAUCAUGAGUUUAAAGCAGGAGCUGAGACAGAUUGUGGCAGUACCAGAGAAAGAAAAAAACAAGAAGCACAAGCAGAGGGAAGAGGAGCUGAUCCUGAAGAUUCAUAAACUGGUGCAGAAAAGGGAUUUCCUGGUCGAUGAUGCAGAGGUGGAGAGAUUAAGGGAGCAAGAGGAGGACAAGGAGAUGGCGGACUUCCUCAGGCUGAAGCUGAUGCCUCUGGAGCAGAAGCUCAAAGUCACACAGCAUCCUCCAAAACCCAAGCGACAAAUCCCAGAGCCGCCUCCCAACAAACCAUCCAUCACCAAGUCAGGAGUGGCCAUCAUUAAGGACUGCUGUGGAGCCACCCAGUGUGCUGUAAUGUAACCAACAACGACCUCUGUACGGCUCCGACUCGGUCACAACACUCACAUGACAUCUUCACCUCCCGUUACUCAGAGAACCACAGCUAGCAGCAUUUGCCCUUGAACCUGCUCAGGAAUCAGAUUUAUGUCUGAACUGCAGGCGCUUGGAAACUGAUCCCUGAUCAGUAUUCAAGGGAAACAGAAACUCCUUACAGUAAGUGAAGAGGGGGAAGCUUUAAACAGAAAUGUAAAUAAAAUCUGAUUAUUAUAUAUUGAUAUAUUUAUUCAGUCUGUUGAUUUGGAGGCAGGUGGGAUCAUUUCAUUGUUUCAUUCCUUGAUGAUGAUGCUGCAUCUGAUUGUAUAAGCACAAUAUACACUUGUUGAAGUAGAUGUUAGGGUUCUGUGUCUGAUGUGGUAAAGUUGACAUUAUUGCAUUUUCUUUCCCCGUUAAGGAAAACACGGGUCAUUGUGAAGAACAAAACGGCCUCCCUAUAAGUCAUUUAUGCAAACUGGGUUAUAAAUGCUGAAGCCUGGCCAUCAAAUGAUAUUUUUGUACACUUGAGCAAUAUUCUCAAGAGGGUUUACAGACAAAAUCUGCAGUAAUCUACAAAACGUUGGAAAUUAACAGAGAAACUUAACGAGGACUAAAUGCUGAAUAAAGUAACACACCAGUACAGAUGCUGUGACAAAGCUGGAUUAUACAAGGCUCAGUGGCAAUUAAGAUUCUUGUGGUGUAAGAAUGAGAUUUCGAAAGGUGUGCAAGUGAAUCGGAGCCAUCAAAACACAACAAAUUGCUAAUUUCCAGAACACUACUCUGGAUCAAGUUAUUCAAUACACAAAUACAGUGUAGUAAUAAAAGAUAAAUUAAUUAGAGAACACUACAAUGUGGACAAAAUUUUGCUAACUGGAAUGCAGCCACUUAUGAAUGACUGUUGUUGGGUUUUUGUUUAUCUUUA